AUGGCCCGUGCACCCAGCCUACCUCCGCCCCUCCUCGGCCACAUGUUUUUGCUUCGGGCGGACAGACCUUCCCCACAGAUGGGUGGCCUAGCAAAGCUAAGUGCUGAGGUCGUUCGAUUGAUUGCGUGGCAUUUAGACUCGGAAAAGGAUAUUUACUCCUUUGCUUUGAUAUCAAGGACUUUCUAUCACUGGAUAGUUGAUCUCCUCUAUAAGCUCAAUUCCAGUCUCAAUGAAGGCUCAGCGCUUUUGUGGGCCUGUAGGAAGGGACAGCAAAGCACAGCACAGCUUUCAUUAACAUACUCAUUCCAGAGUAAGGGAGAAGCUGUCCGUCGAAAGAGCAGCCGAUCUGCUCUUCUGUUAGCCUGCGAAAAUGGACAUGUGAAACUGGUUGAGCUUCUUUUCCAAAAGCGAUCAGCUGAUUUUACAGUUGAAACUCCCAGUACAGCAUCUCUACUCACUGCUGGAAAUGGUCAUCGGAAUUCAACACAAGCUUUGCUUCAGAAUAGAGCUGACAUUGAUUUCACAGACAUCAAUGGUGACACACCACUCAUGAAAGCUGCCUCGAAGGGGCAUGAGAAUGUGGCCAAGAUUCUGCUCUGCAAAGGAGCAAACCCAAACUUUCGCAAUGAGUGGGGAGGCACAGCUCUUCUAACUGCUGCUGUGUUUGGACAUGUGGGAUUGCUCCAUCUUCUGCUUGAGAAGGGGGUGGAACUGAAUCAUAUGGUUAGUGGUGGUACUGCCCUUCAUUGGGCCGCCGCGAAAGGACACAAAGAUAUAGUUAUCGUUCUGCUCCAGAAAGGUGCAAGGGCUGACCUUGUUGAUGAACUGGGCGAUACAGCCAUCGAUCGGGCUAAGUAUCGCGGGCAUCUGGAAGUGGCCAAUAAUCCAUUCCCGGUCGCUGCACCCUUUCAUCCCCGAUUCCUCGACAUCGUCGCAGCCGCUUUCCACGGUUCUCCUGGCCUGGCCGAUCGCAUGGUCCUCUUCUUCGAUAGUGUCUCGGUCUGGCUCCGUUAUGUGGUGGUUAAUGCGCUUCAGUUUAAAUCGGGGAUUCGACAAUGA